AUGUCCGGCGAGCUCCGCCCCGCCCCGUCGAGCCUCGGCCCGGCAGCCUCCGUCCCCGUCCCCGCCCGGCGACCUCCGCCCCCACCCCACCACGCCCCGGCGAGCUCCGCCGUGCCACGGGUCGCCAAGCCACGACGACCUCCGCCCCCGCCAUGCCCCGGCGAGCUCCGCGCGUUCCCUUCCCCGCCACGCCCGGCCCGGGUCCGUCCCGCCCGCGUUGACCUCCGCCCCGACGAGCUCGCUUCGGCGAGCCCCGCCCGCGUCGACCUCCGCCAUCGUCCGUGCGUGCCCGCUCGUGGCCGACGCGGCCGGUGCCGCCCUCGCCCGUGCCCGUGGCCGACGCGGCCGGCGGGCGCCCCGCCCAUGCCUCGCGCGGACGGCUCCGCCACCGCCCGUGCGCGCCCGCCCGUGGGCCGACGCGGCCAACGCCUUCCUCACCCGUGCCCGCGCGUGGCCGACGCGGCCGGCGCCGCGCCGCCCCGCCCCCGCCCCGUCCGUGGCCGACGCGGCCGACCGGAUGGAGGCGCGGCCCCGUUCCUCGCCGCGUGCAUGGCCCCGUCCGCUGCCGUGGGCAUGCGGUCCCAUUCACCUCCCCAGAUUCCGGCCUCCCUCGCUUCGCCGGCCGCCGCCUCCCACCGAAGCGCAGCUGCCGGCCUCCUCCCAAUCGAAGGAAUUAUCUUCACAGAGGUGCCCCCCUUCUCCUUCUCCUCCUCCUCCUCCUCCUCCUCCCCUCCUCUGCUGCUGGGCUUUCUUGGAGCGGAGAUCCACCGGGGCUUCGGUUAG